CAUCGAGUGUCUGGCCAGCGACGGGAUGCUUCUGGCCAGCUGCUGUCUGGCGGGUCAGAUCCGGGUCUGGGACGCUCAGACUGGAGACUGUCUGACCGUCAUCCCACACCAGGGGUUGAAGCGCAGCAGCAGCAGCAGUGGCUUCUGGGAUCAGCGGGACGGCUGGGACGGUGUGGGCGGAGCCUCAGAGUUUGAGUGUUUGGGCUCCGACCCCCCCCUCAGCGACGGGCUCUCUGAGGAGGACGGCUUCCCUCUGAUGCGCCGCUCCGCCCCCUCCCGUCCCACGCUGUUCACCGACCAGCCCGACCUCACGCCGCUCAUCGACACCAACUUCGCCUCCCAGCCCCCGUCCCACCUCUGCACCCCGCCCCCCUCCCAUCUGUGCACCCCGCCCCGCGACGGCUUUGACUUCGGGGGUCUGGUGGAGCGCGCCUACAUCGAGCACGAGCCCCCCUCCCCCUCCACGUACCCCUCGGCCUCGUCCUCCCCGCCCUCAGGGGUCCCGCUCCAGAGGAGACUCAGCGGAGGGGACGCCUCUGCCUCGCUGACCCCAGAAAGAGGCUCCGCCGCGGGGACGCAGGCCACCGCCGACUGGGAGAGCUCCGUGUGGGCGCUGGAGCUCAGAGGAAACCUGAUCGCUGCAGGGAGGAGCAGCGGGAAGCUGGAGUUGUGGGAUGCAGUGGAGGGCUCGCUGCGCUGCGUUAAUGAAGACGGGGGCUCUGGAAUCACAGCUCUGGCCUUCCUCAACAACAGGUGAGACUCAGAGGAAGUACACUCUACUUCCUGUGGGGUGGGACUCAGAGGAAGUACACUCUACUUCCUGUGGGGUGGGACUCAGAGGAAGUAC